AUGGUUAUGGGACGAGUACGCGCAACGUCUUAUAUAAGACGUACCAUUUCGCAGCCACUAAAUAAAAAUCUUCCUGCAGGGAAUAUACAAAAUUCUAGAGGUUUAAAUGAUACAAAUUUAAUAGGAAAUAAAAAUUUACAUUUACAAUUAUUAUGCAAUGGAAAAGAACCAUAUAAUGAUUGUAUUGCCCACUUAGGAAAUUAUCGAGAUUUCGAAGAAACUAAACCAUUUUAUAUGCCUAGAAAAUCAGACAUUAAUUCAAUACAUCAUAUUUUAAAUAACAAGUUAAAUAUACUUUUAUUAUUUAUUCCUAUCGGUAUAUUUAGUUAUUUAUUAGGAGCUCCAGAUAUUUAUAUAUUUUUUUUUAAUUUCAUGGCAUUAAUACCUUUAUCAGCUUUAAUGGGGAACGUAACAGAAGAUCUAGCUUUACAUACAGGAGAAAUUAUUGGGGGAUUACUAAAUGCAACAUUUGGAAAUUUAAUGGAAAUGAUAUUUUCUAUUCAAGCACUAAAUGCAGGAUUAAUUAAUGUCGUUCAAGGCACAUUAUUAGGAAGUAUAUUAUCAAAUUUAUUAUUAGUCUUAGGUAUGUCAUUUUUUGCGGGAGGUUUAUAUCAUCAUGUUCAAAAGUUUAAUGAAAAAGGAGCUACAUGUAGUACAUCCUUAUUAUUAUUAUCAAGUUUAGCUAUAACUAUACCUUCAGUAUCAUCAGUUACUACUAACAAUAAUGUUGAUGUAUUAUUAAAAGUUUCAAGAAUAACAGCUGUUUUAAUAUUUAUAACAUAUUGUUUAUUUUUAUUAUUCCAAUUAUAUACACAUAUAUCAUUAUUUCAAGAUAAAGAAAUGACUGAAGAAACACCACAAUUAUCUGUAAUCACAGGAUCCAUUUUUUUAAUUUUAAUAACUCUUCUUGUAAGUAUCCAUUCUGAAUAUCUUAUUAAUACAGUCGAAUCGGUUGUUAGAUAUUAUAAUAUUUCUGAAAAUUUUAUUGGAGUUAUACUUUUACCUAUUGUUGGUAAUGCUACAGAACAUUUAACUGCUGUUACUGUUGCAAUUAAAAAUAAAGUGGAUUUAACUAUGGGAGUAGCUGUUGGGUCAUCAGCUCAAAUUGCUCUUUUUGUUGUCCCAAUAACAGUUUUAUUUGGAUGGAUUUUAAAUAAACCUAUGACUUUAGCUUUCUCUCCUUUAUCAAGUGUUAUAUUAGUUAUGUCAGUUAUUGUUACAAUGGCAAUUGUACAAGAUGGGGAAAGUAAUUGGCUAGAAGGGGUUUUGUUAAUUACUGCUUACCUUAUUGUUGGUGUUGUUUUUUGGUUCGACACUUCAUAA